UUAGCUGUGUAAUAAACAAAGAUCAGAGACUUUCAUUGCAAUUAAAUUUCGAUAUCCUCUCUCUGCAAAUAAACCGGAAAAAUAGUGUGAAACGAAAAAAAUACCACUUCGGAUCAAAGAGAAACGGGGAGCAAAUCCGAAUAGACAGUCCUUGAGCCUCCGCUGUCGUGGUUCAAUAGCUUCUGCAAACUGCUCGUGGAUCUUCUUCAGAAUUUAACUUAUGGGUUUGCCGAGAUUUACGCGUCCCAAGGGAAGGGAUGGUGAGUCAAGUUCCAACCUUUAUGUGGCUAACUGUGGGCCUGCAGUUGGACUUUCAUUUGACACUAUCAUGUCAGCAUUUGGUACAUAUGGCGAAGUCAAGGGAGUUUAUGCAGCAGAUGAGAGUGGCACUCGUGUUAUUGUAUCUUAUCAUGAGGAGAGUAGCGCACAAACAGCGCUGAAGGAACUAGAUGGACGCCCAUGUUCUGAUCUUGGAGGCCGCUCAUUGCACAUUCGCUAUUCUGCACAAUCACUUGGCAAGGUUAAGGUCAAAGACACUGUUCCUGUAUCAACAUCAGCUUCAGAUUUAAAGAUUCCUGGUGUUUACUUAGUGCAUGACUUUGUCACUGCUAAAGAAGAGGAGGAAUUACUUGCUGCAGUGGAUUGUCAGCCGUGGCAACAUCUAGCGAAAAGAAGAGUUCAGCAUUACGGGUACGAGUUUCGCUAUGAUAUAAGGAACGUUAACCCAAAGCAAUACUUGGGUGAUCUCCCGUGCUUUGUGUCUCCAGUACUUGAUAGGAUCACAAUGUUUAAAAAAUUUGAUUCUUCUACAGAUGUAUGUGUGGAUCAAUUAACUGUGAAUGAAUAUCCACCUGGGGUUGGUUUGUCUCCACAUAUAGACACCCAUUCAGCAUUUGAGGGAUCAAUUUUCAGCCUUUCAUUGGCUGGCCCUUGCAUCAUGGAAUUCAGACAGUAUUCAAGAGGUGUUUGGCUGUCAAGUCAUACCUCAAGUUGUGACACAGAGGAGCAAAUAUGUGAAAAUAGCUCCAAUUUCUUGCAGAAAGCUAUUUAUCUUCCACCUCGAUCAAUGUUAUUGUUAUCCGGGGAGGGCCGAUAUGCUUGGCAUCAUUACAUUCCCCACCACAAGGUGGACAAAGUGAAGGACAGGGAAAUCCGAAGGGGCUCAAGGAGAGUGUCCCUGACAUUACGCAAGGUCAGGAAAGGUCCUUGCCAAUGCGAAUUUCCUCAGCAUUGCGAUUAUCAAAAUUAGGACGAUUUUAAUUCUAACAAAUACUGUGACCGGCAGCUCUAUGGAGGUUGGAAAUUGGGAAUUUGAGUUUCACGACCAUCUGAUCUUCCCUUUUACUAGAGUUGCGAUCCAUAUCAUUGAUUAUGGGAAUGAGUUAUUGAGAUGAUGGACGAGUGAAGAAUUAACAUCAGAAGAGGAAGCAUUUCAUUCAGAU